AUGAUGAUGGCAUCAUUGGCAUGGUCAUCUUCAUCUUCAGCGAUGCUGCGAAGGUUUCGCUGCUUCAGCAGCGCUGCCACUACCUCCGCACAUUGUUCUGCAAAGAUUGUUAAUCCAACUUCCCAGAAGAAGCGUCUUGUCUUCAUGGGUUCCCCUCAGGUAUCUGCUUCGGUUCUUGAUGCUCUCUUCUCUGCCUCCUCUGCCCCAGACUCCUCUUUUGAGGUUGCAGCAAUUGUUAGUCAACCGCCUGCUAGAAGGGAUAGGGGAAGAAAAGUUUUGCCUUCUCCGGUGGCACAACAUGCCCUCGAUAGUGGCUUCCCUCAUGAUUUGAUUUUCACUCCUGAAAAAGCUGGUGAGGAAUCAUUUCUUUGCAGUUUUAAGUCUCUAGAGCCCGAGCUCUGUGUUACUGCAGCAUAUGGGAAUAUACUGCCAACCAAAUUUCUAAAGAUCCCAUCACUAGGGACUGUAAAUAUUCACCCGAGUCUUUUACCUCUAUAUCGUGGUGCAGCUCCUGUUCAGAGAGCAUUGCAGGAUGGUGUUAAGCAAACUGGCGUAUCCCUUGCUUUUACUGUUCGUCAGCUAGAUGCUGGACCUGUUAUUGCCCGUGAAAGAAUGGAAAUUGAUGAUCGAAUAAAGGCACCUGAAUUACUUGAGUUGUUAUUUGCACGAGGAUCUGAACUUCUGGUACGUGAGCUUCCCUCUAUAUUUGAUGGAUCAGCUUUAACAAAAGCCGAAGCGCAGGAUGAGUCUAAAGCUACCCUGGCGCCAAAGAUUAUGCCUGAGGAGUCAUGGCUGUCCUUUGACCAAGAAGCUAUACACAUUCAUAAUAAGGUUCGGGCAUUUGCAGGAUGGCCGGGAACCAAAGCUAAAGUCAUGAUCAUUGAUUCCAUAAAGGACCAGCAUAGUAUAAUAGAACUAAAGAUUAUUACAACAAGGGUUUAUGAUGGUAUUAAACCUCAGGGCGGGGAAACUGAUGAUGUGGUAUUUAUGAAAGGUUCACUGAUAUUUCCAUGUGGCGGUUUGACGGCGUUGGAGGUGCUAGAAGUCCAGCUUCCAGGUAAAAAAGUGGUCAAUGCAUCAGCAUUUUGGAAUGGAUUGAGAGGUCAAAAGCUGAAGAGAAUAGGACACCAGUGA